AUGACGAACCUUUUGGAGAAACUAAAACAAAAUGGCAGCACCGCCAUGACACUUCCCUCUUCGACCAACAAGACGAGCUCCAAUGCCAGCCGCGAUGACGACGACGAUGUGAGCAGCAAGGCGUCGUCCUUUCAAGACGAAGAGAGUGGAACUGGAAUGCUGGGCGAUGAUUCCGAACCGCGAGAAGUGAUUGGACUGCGCGAAACCAAGAUUGUCAAUUGCUCCAAGAUGUUGAUUGUCAUUAUUGUUUCGGUGCUCGCUGCCGCGGCUGGAAUCUAUACGUUUAGCUAUGUUCGACACCAAGAGUCGACGACUUAUCAGACUUCUUUUGACGUGGUGGUACAAGAGAUCUCUUCCACAGUCCAACUCCGCAGUCGCAGCGUCAUGGACAACCUCGAGACGGUCAGUGUCAGCUUGACCACACAGGCCAAGCAGGCAAACACACAGUGGCCUUUUGCACUCUUUCCCGACUUUCAAGUACAAGGACUCCUCUCCAAUCAAAUCACCGGAGCGGCCACUCUGACCCUCCAUCCCAUUGUUAGUCGGGAUGACCGACCCGCCUGGGAGAACUUUACUGUCGAGCAUCACGAUUGGUUGCUGCGGGCACACCGUUACGACGAUCACGUCCAUCCCGAACUCUACCAAGCGGCAUCGGAUGACAGCAGCAGCAGCAGCAGCAGCAAACGAAAUCAGGGAUGGAACGACACUGGCAUCACACCCUUUAUUUGGAUGUACAAUAACGACGAGGAACGUCGUCGUGUCGAAAGCACGGAAGCAGACACAUACUUUCCUGCCUGGCAACGAGCUCCCGCCGAAGAUUAUCUGCCCACCACCAAUCUCGAUUUUGCAACCCAUCAGGGCGAUUUUGCUCCCGUCAUUGCGGAUAUGAUGCAACACGAUCAUCCCGUCGUGACGGCCGCCGAUGCCGGUGGUGAUUCUUAUUUGACCAAGAACUACAAAGAAGGACGCAUCAAGCUGGGAGGUGCCCCGCGAAGUUACCUCCUCCAACCCGUCUAUGAUAACCUGCAGUGGAACCGGCAAAUGGUGGCAUUUCUCAGUGCCUUUUUAGGGUGGGAGCGGUUCUUUGAAGGAGCCCUCCCCGAGGCGGAAACAGAACCCGUCUUUUUGGUGCUGGACGGAACCUGUGGAAACCAGUCCAUGACAUUUCUAGUGUCUGGAGUCAGUGUUGUCUUUUUGGGGGAUGAUGAUCUGCACGACCCCCGCUUUGAUCUCAUGGAGCAAACCGUGACGUUUGACCAACUCGGAGGAAGUAACGCCACUUGUCGCUACUCGGCACGAAUCUAUCCCUCCAAAGACUGGGCCGAAGUCUACUUUAGUGACAAUGCCAUGGUGUACGCCGUUUUGGUCAUUACGUGUUUCCUUAUCACCACGGUACUUUUUGGCAUUUACGACUUUGCCGUACAGAGACGGCAACGCAAGGUCAUGGAAGCUGCCAACAAGACCAGUGCCAUUGUCUCGAGUUUGUUCCCCAGCAAUGUACGAGAACGACUAAUGCAGGAACUCAAGCCAUCGCAAGACGACCUAAAGCUCAUGCAACCACGAAAUAAGAGAAGCAGUACAAAGGACCCUUCGGUAUUCCGAUCCAGUGCCUCGAAAAGAGAUAGUCUCGGUGGCAGUAUGAACCGUCGUGGCAGUGCCGAUAGUGGGCCCCUUUCUGUGAUCACCAGUGAAGCCAUUUUUGGAUCCAAACCCAUUGCCGAUCUGUUCCCGGCAACCACAAUCAUGUUUGCCGAUAUGGUUGGAUUCACCGCAUGGGCAUCAACGCGUGAUCCCACUCAGGUAUUCACUCUCUUGGAGACGAUCUAUCAUGCAUUCGAUUGUAUUGCCAAGCAUCGAAAGAUCUUCAAGGUGGAGACUGUUGGAGAUUGUUAUGUAGCAGUGGCAGGACUUCCUGUACCCCGAAAGGACCACGCUGUGGCGAUGGCCAGAUUCUCAAGUGACUGCUUGGGACGCAUGGAUGAACUGACACAGCAACUCGAAAAGUCACUCGGACCAGACACGGCGGACUUGGGUCUUCGAAUCGGCCUUCAUUCUGGUCCGGUCACAGCGGGCGUUUUGAGAGGCGAGAAAGGUCGUUUUCAACUGUUUGGAGACGCAAUGAACACUGCAAGUCGUCUCGAAACAACAGGAAUGCGUGGAAAGAUUCAGCUUUCCUCCGAGACGGCAGAUCUCCUAGUUGCCGCCGGAAAAGCCAAGUGGGUGCUUCCGCGAGCUGACCCAGUCAUGGCCAAAGGCAAAGGCGAACUACAAACGUUCUGGUUGCGAUUGUAUGUCCCGUCGGCUGGUUCCAUCAAGUCGUUGGGUCUGGGUCUCCUAGAAGACAACAGCGAAAUUGAGUCAAUAGACGGAGAUAUGAUAGCAGAUGCCAGCAGCAGAUCCAUGCGAAACAUGUUGGCUCCGGCCGAUGAGAAUUCCAAGACGCAGAGGCUGGUCGAAUACAAUGUUGACAUCCUGGCCAAACUCCUGCAUCAGAUUGUGGUGCAUCGAACCUCCCAUCCUCCGAAAAUGGCCACAAGGAAUCAACGAAAGAACCUCAAAGCACGGGAAGGCCCUGUUCUAGACGAAGUCAAAGACAUUCUGGCGCUUCCUCAAUUCGACGCAAAAAUAUUCAAGAAUUCCAUCGACCCAGACAGUGUCAGCAUCUCCCCUAGAGUACACCAACAGCUCAAACUCUACGUUACUAAGAUCGCGGAGCUCUACCGACCAAACAGCUUCCAUAACUUCGAGCACGCAUCACACGUGACACAAUCCGUUAGCAAACUACUUGGUAGAAUCAUCAACCCAGCUGAUGUUCGCAAUCGUAGCGGCAAGCAACAUCAAAUCGCAGCCCAAUUCCACGACCACACUUUCGGCAUAACUUCAGAUCCAUUGACCCACUUUGCUUGCGUCCUUAGCGCCUUGAUUCACGAUGUCGACCAUCCGGGCGUAAGCAACACAGUUCUUGUGAAUGAAAACGACCCUAUCGCGGUCAAGUACAACCAGAAGAGCGUCGCAGAACAGAAUUCGGUUGUGCUCUCUUGGGAAAUCCUGAUGCAACGCGACUUCGACGAUUUGAGAGCGUGCAUCUAUUGCAACGAAGACGAGUUCGCACGAUUUCGAGCCGUGAUUGUCAACAUUGUACUGGCAACAGACAUCAUGGACAAAGAACUCGGUGCCCUUCGAAGAGCUCGAUGGGAAAAGGCCUUCAGUGCUGAGGGGUCUGGCUCAGGAAAAGGCAACACCGCUCGGAAGAGUCUGACAUCCAUGGAAAAUGAAGAUGCGCUGACCGACGUCAACAGGAAAGCCACCAUAGUUUUGGAGCACUUGAUCCAAGCAUCGGAUGUGGCCCAUACCAUGCAGCACUGGCAUGUUUUCUCCAAAUGGAAUGAAAGACUGUUCCACGAAAUGUAUGGAGCAUUCUUAGAUGGUAGAUUGGAAAAGGACCCUAGCGAAGGAUGGUAUCAAGGCGAGAUUGGAUUCUUUGACUUUUACAUCAUCCCUCUUGCGAAGAAGCUCGAAACUUGUGGGGUGUUUGGGGUUUCCAGUGAUGAGUACUUGAACUAUGCCCAGCAGAACAGAAGCGAAUGGGUGGCCAAAGGGGAGGAUAUCGUACUGUCGUACCUGGCGAGCUACGAGACAUCGGACGAUCAAUCGAAAUGA